AUGCCUGGUGGUGGUGCAGUCGCUGCGUCCUCCGGUAUGGCCGGAGGCAGAAAAUCCUCAAUUGUCGGUAUCGGCAUGUCUUGCUUUGCUGCGUUUGCAUUUCCUUCUACCACGUCCCUAGCCAAUUGGCAAUUUGAUCGUGGCUAUUCGCCUGGCGGUAUCCUUUUCGGAUAUGACACUGGUGUGAUCUCCGGUGUCAAGGAAAUGAAAUUCUGGCUUCAAACUUUCGGUUACCCCAAGAACGACGGCUCUGGAGACUACACCAUCUCGACUCCUGACGAGUCCUUGAUUGUCUCCAUCCUCUCGCUCGGUACUUUCUUCGGUGCUCUCCUCGCUGCCCCCAUGGGUGAUUUCCUCGGUCGUCGAUUCGGUGUUGUCGGUGCUUGCCUCAUCUUCUCCGCUGGUGUUGCGAUGCAAACUGGUGCUACUGCCGUCCCUCUCUUUGUCGCUGGUCGUGUAUUUGCUGGUCUCGGUGUCGGUAUGGUGUCCUGCCUCGUCCCCAUGUACCAGGCCGAGUCUUCGCCCAAGUGGAUUCGUGGUGCUGUCGUCUCUUGCUACCAAUGGGCCAUCACCAUUGGUAUUCUGUUGAGCGGUUGCGUCAACCAGGCUACCAAGGACCGCAAUGACUAUGGUUCGUUCCGUAUCCCCAUUGCCAUUCAGUUCGUCUGGGCCGGUAUCCUCGCCAUCGGCAUGUUCCUCCUCCCAGAGAGCCCACGUUGGUUGAUCAAGAAGCACCGUGAGGAGGACGCUGCUCGCGCUCUCGGUCGUCUUCUCAGUGCAUCACCAACUGAUCCCGACGUCCGAGUCGAGAUUGAAGACAUCAAGGCCAACUUGCGCAUGGAAGAGGAGAUUGGCCAGUCGUCGUACGCCGACUGCUUCAAGAUGGGCCCGAACAAGGUUCUCCUCCGCACUCUCACUGGUAUCUUCCUCCAGGCAUGGCAACAGCUCACCGGUGUCAACUUUAUCUUUUACUACGGCACGACUUUCUUCAAAAACUCUGGCAUUGCCAAUCCCUUCAUGAUCACGAUUGCUACCAACGUAGUCAACGUCGUCAUGACCAUUCCGGCUUUCUGGGCUGUUGACCACAUUGGACGUCGUCGUCUCCUCCUCAUUGGUGCUGCUGGUAUGCUCGUCUGCGAGUACCUCAUUGCUAUCAUCGGCGUUACCAUCUCCGUUGAGAACCAGGCCGGCCAAAAGGUCCUCGUCGCCUUUGUCUGCAUCUACAUUGCCUUCUUCGCUUCGACAUGGGGACCAGUUGCCUGGGUCGUCACUUCGGAAAUCUUCCCCCUCGCUAUCCGCGCCAAGGGCAUGUCCAUGUCGACCGCCUCCAACUGGCUCUGGAAUUUUGGUAUCGGAUACGCUACACCAUAUAUGGUUAAUGCUGAGUAUGGGAAUCUUCAAGCGCGCGUUUUCUUCGUUUGGGGCUCUACGUGCCUUGGAUGCUUGGUCUUCACCUACUUCUGCAUUAUGGAGACCAAGGGUCUUUCUCUUGAGCAGAUUGACAUCCUCUACCAAAACACCACUCCCGUCAAGAGUGUCUCCUACCGCGAUCAGCUCAUCGCUCACAACGUACACGCUGCCGACGACGAGGCUAUCCGCAAGGCCGCUGGAGGCGAUUCUCGCUUCACCAACGAGAAGACGUCUCAGGCAAGUGCACAAGAGAAGGUCUAA